AUGGAUUGCACUCCUGCACAGAAGGUUAGAUAUGGCACUCAUAUGCUGGCUAAGGAAGCAGAUGAUUGGUGGCUAGAGACCCGUAGGAGGUUGGAGGCUCAUGAAAUCAAGAAAGCGGUCAGUUACCAGAAGAUCCGUAUUUUUGUUGAUUUGGUUGAUAGUUGUCGGAUUUAUGAGGAGGACAACAACGCUCAUUAUCGUGUUAUUAAUGAGAAGAGGGGCAAGAAUCAACAAAGUCGUGAGAAACCAUAUGAUGCUGGUAAAGGGAAGCAAAGAGUUGCUCAUGGUCAUAAGACUAGUGGGGGAGAUGCUCCUGCUAGGGUUGUAUGCUUCAAGUGUGGUCGACCUGGUCAUAAGAGCGAUGUUUGUACUGCUGAUGUGAAGAGGUGUUACCGUUGUGGUAAGACGGGACAUAUGUCAUCUGCUUGUAAGCAUAAGGAUGUUGUUUGCUUUAACUGUGGUGCGGAGGGACAUAUUGAUAGCCAGUGUCAGAAGCCAAAGAAGACAGUUGUAGGUGGUAAAGUGUUCGCUUUGUCAGGAACUCAGACAUCUAGUGAGGAUGGCCUUGUUAGAGGUGAUUCGCAUUGAGAGGAGGUUAGCCGAGUUGGUCUUGAGUCGUUGUCGCUCUGAUACGUAGCACUCGGGGGGGACGAACGCGUUAAUUACUUGCUAUUGAUUUAUUAUGUUUUGGCAAAUACUUGAGUUGUUUAUUUGAGAUUGCCACUUUAAUUGUGUUAAUUGUUGAAUUAAGAUGCUAUGAAAUCUUUGAACUAAUUGUUGAGUU